AUGGCCGACCCAUCAACCUGCCCCCCUCUCACACCCUCAUCCAUCCAUUCCGCAUACCACAAGAUAAAGCGGUACAUCCACCGAACGCCGCUCCAAACGAGCACAUCCCUCGACGCCAUCGCCUCGUCGCCCGACCCGACCGUCUACCUGUCUGAUUCGCCGCCUUCCGUGGCCCCAAAGUUCCGAUUAUGGUUCAAGUGCGAGAAUUUCCAGAAGAUUGGGGCGUUCAAGGCACGGGGCGCGUUUCAUGCGGUCACGAGGUUGGUUGAGGAGUUGGGUCUUGAGGAGGUGAGGCGGAGGGGUGUCGUCACGCAUAGUAGUGGAAACCACGCCCAGGCCCUCGCGCUCGCGGCCCACACGUUCUCCAUCCCCAGCUACAUCGUCAUGCCGACGAUCAGCACGGCCUCGAAAAUCGCAGGCACAAGACUCUACACGCCCAACGUCAUCUUCAGCGGGUCAACCUCGCAAGAACGCGAGGCCGUGGUCGCCGACGUUAUCCGGGACAAAGGCGCCAUUUUGGUGCCGCCGUACGACCACCCGGAUAUCAUCCUGGGCCAGGGCACUGCGGGGUUGGAGAUGGAGGAGCAGUUCCGAGAGGCCAGCGGGACAGGGACGGACGCGAACGCAUCUGGGGCUGCGACCGCUCCCGCGCCCGCACUCGACGCCGUCAUUGCACCCCUCGGCGGCGGCGGCCUCCUAGGCGGCACGGCCACUUAUUUCUCCGACAAGCCCGGCACGCUGGUCUUCGGUGCGGAACCGUCGUUCCAGGGCGGGGACGACGGCCGCCGCGGUUUAUUGACAGGCAAGCGCGUCGAGCACGUCAAGACGCUGACGAUUGCGGAUGGGUUGCGCACACCCGUCGGCAUCACGAACUGGUCGAUCAUCAGCGACAAGCGCAAGGUCGAGGGCCUGUACGCCGUGACUGAGGACGAGAUCAAGAUGGCCAUGCGGCUCGUGUACGAGAGGAUGAAGGUCGUGGUGGAGCCGAGCGGCUGCGUGGGACUUGCCGUGGUGUUGUUCAACGCCGAGUUUCGGGAGAUGGUGGUCCAAAAGCAGAAGCAGGGCAAGGAGGAUGUGUGGGACGUCGGCAUCGUGUUUAGCGGUGGGAAUACCACGAUGAAAGCGUUGAGUAAGUUGUUUGCCGACGACGACGUGCAGGGUGGGGAACCUGAAGUCGCGAAGGAGAGGGAGGAGGGCACAGUUGCCAUGGAUGGAACGAGGGAUGUUGAGGAUGUCGCUGGGUAG